AUGGAUCCUCAGCAGCAGUCCAUCCAGCUUGCCGCCGGUGCUUCGCCUGCCGGCUCGCCUGCAAAGGCAACGCCGCCGCCGAUGCAGCAGCCGCCGCAAUGUGACCAUGAGCGCAUGGUCGUCGGCAACAUGUGCCCUUCUCUCUAUCUCGCCGUCUACAAAGGGAGGAUGGCCGAGGUCACGGCGCUGCUUCUGCAACAACACGCCGCUGCGAUAGACUGUCAAGCCACUGGCGUUGUUAUGCACGGUCAGUGCGACAUACUUGAGUUGACUGCGGAGAGGAACACCGCUCUACACGUGGCUGCGGAGCAAGGGCACCAUGAGCUGAUCCGGGAGCUCUACCUCAGGUUCAGGGACCAGGGCCUCCUCUCUCGCCAGAACUCGGCGCUGGACACGCCGAUGCAUUGCGCGGCGAGGGCUGGGCACGCCAGGGCAGUCGCGGUCCUCGUCGAGCUGGCCAGGGACCGGGGCGAGAACAUUCUGGGAUGCAAGAACGAGGCAGGCGACACGGCCCUGCACCUGGCGUCGAGGCACGGGCACGGCGCGGCGGUGGAGGUGCUGGUCUCGGCGGCGGCACAACCGGCGGCCGAGCUGAACAACGCCGGCGUGUCGCCGUUGUACUUGGCUGUAAUUAGCGGCUCGGUGUCAGCAGUCAGAGCGAUUAUUACCAAGUGCAAGGACGCGUCAUCGAUGGGGCCAAGCGCACAGAAUGCUCUGCACGCUGCCGUUUUCCAGAGCUCAGAAAUGGUUCACCUGCUACUGGAAUGGAGGCCAGCUCUCGCCGACCAAGUCGACUGCAGCGGCAGCAGCCCGCUCCAUUUCGCGUCGUCGGACGGCGAUCGCAGCAUCGUGCGUGCAAUCCUGCGCGCCGGGCCGCCGGGAACGGUGUACAAGAAGGACUCGAGCGGCCUGUCGGCUCUCCACGUCGCGGCGCGGAUGGGACACCACCGCGUCGUGAAGAACAUGCUAAGGAGCUGCCCCGACGCCGCCGAGCUCCGUGACGGCAAUGGCGGGACCUUCGUCCACGCCGCGGCCCGGGAGAAGCGCUCCUCGGUGGUGUCUCUCGCCACCAAGGAUCCCAUGCUGCGCGGCCUCCUGGACGCGCAGGAUAGGGAGGGGAACACGCCUCUCCACCUCGCGGUGGCAGCGGGAUCGACCGGCAUCGUGGAGGAUCUGCUACGCAACGGCAAGGUGCGGGCCAAUGUUCCGAACAACGAUGGUCACACAGCGUUUGAUCUCGCCGCCGGAUCAACCACCAGUUUCUUCAAAAUGGUAAGCCUGGUGGUCGCGCUAGUCGCUUACGGGGCACAGCUCCGGCCGCAGAGGCAGGACCAACUGGAGCAGUGGGUUGGCCGCGACAAGGUGCAGAAGGGGAUACAGAACACGUCGGACAGCCUCGCGGUGGUGGCCGGCCUCAUCAUCGCCGCCGCGUUCGCCGCCGGGUUCAACUUGCCCGGUGGGUACGGCAACGAUGGCAAGGCGAACCUCAAGGACGAGGCUGUCUUCAAGAGCUUCCUGCUCUUGAACACCGGGGCCGUGGUAACGUCCAUCGUGGUGGUGAUCCUGCUCGUCUAUGGGAAGGCGUCGCGCUCGUGGAAGAGCUUCGCGGUGGCGCUGCAGCUCUUGUGGGUGUCGCUCGUCUGCAUGAUGCUGGCCUUCCAGGCGGCUCUGCUCUCCGUGGCGACCACAAGGGCACUCAGUUACGGGUUCGUGUGUGUAUACACGUGCAUCCUUGUCUUGCAAUUAUGCAUCGCGCAGUGGCUGGGGCAUGCGACGAGGUUGCCCACGAUUUGGAGGUUUCACUGGAAAGGAAGAAGGCAUGUCGACGUCAAACGACAGUAUCCGUUCGCCAAAGCUACCGUACUCAAUUUACAACUUUUUGGAGCUACAAGUUUCCUAGUUUCUAUAGGUUUUGAAGUCAUCUUUAUAUUAAGCCGGAUAAGCCAGAGAUCCAAGGACACCUCAAUUGCUCCAUCACCAUCUGCUCUUUAUUAUUAG